CCCACUGAAUCAGGAAGGAUACCUGGAAAUGAAUUUACAGUGCCAGCAUGAGUUGCUUCUGAGGUAGGCGUGUUCCGAUAGGCAUUCUUGUUUUCUUUUGUUGUAUACUGCUGUUGUCGGCUAAUGAAUUUAUUAAGCAGAGAGCGUUGGAGGAGUUUAGGACUCUCCAAGAUGGGUGACUGUUGCAUGUCAGGUGAAGACAGAGAAAGCGCUAGAAUUCAUCAAGAAAUUGAGAGGCAGCUUAAAAUGGACAAGAAAGAUGCAUCCAGACAGCUAAAACUCUUACUUUUAGGAACAGGGGAAAGUGGGAAGAGCACCUUCAUCAAGCAAAUGAGAAUCAUUCAUGGCAAAGGCUACACAGAUGACGACAAAAGGGCCUAUGCCAAACUGGUGUUCCAGAAUGUCUUUACUGCCAUUCAAAACCUGAUCCAAGCAAUGGAGAACCUAAAAAUCCCUUUUGCUGAUGCCAAAAAUACAGUGAAUGCAGCAAUGCUUAAAAGAGCAACAGCAAGCGAAAUGGACUCAAUUAAUUCUGAAUAUACUGAAGCCAUAAAGAGCAUUUGGAGAGACGUUGGCCUGCAGAAAUGCUACGAACGUCGGAGAGAGUUCCAACUUUCAGACUCUGCCAAAUAUUACCUGGAUGACAUUGACAGAAUCUCUUCAGCAUUGUAUUUACCCAGUUUGCAGGAUAUCCUCCGAGUCCGAAUACCAACCACAGGCAUCAUCGAGUAUGUCUUUGACCUCAAGACAGUCAUAUUCAGAAUGGUUGAUGUUGGAGGCCAAAAGUCAGAGAGAAGAAAGUGGAUCCAUUGUUUUGAAAAUGUUACUUCCAUUAUCUAUCUGGUGGCUCUGAGCGAAUACGAUCAGGUCUUAUAUGAGUGUGAGAAUGAGAACCGUAUGGAAGAAAGUAAGGCGCUCUUUAAAACCAUCAUCUCCUACCCCUGGUUUCAUCAGUCCUCCAUCAUACUCUUCCUUAAUAAGACGGACCUCCUGAAGGAGAAAAUCGCAACUUCGCACCUUGAAGACUAUUUUCCAGAAUAUCAAGGCCCUAAAAAUGAUGCAGAUGCAGCGAUGGACUUCAUCCUGGAAAUGUAUAAUCAACAGAACGCAGACGCGCAAAAACGCAUAUAUGCACACUUUACUUGUGCAACCGACACAGAGAAUAUAAAACGUGUGUUUCGAUCAGUAAAGGACACCAUUCUACAAAACAACCUUGGGGAUUUUAGCUUGCGUUAGAUCAUGGCCUGUAUACUUUCAUCUCUGAGUCAGUAAAAAUUGCUCAAUGAGCCACUUCUGAGUCAUCCAUGUCUGUGCAUUCUGUGAAUUUAGCAUGUGUCCUAUAAUUAACUUUUCUUAAAUUAUUAUUUUUUGUUAUGUUUGUUUGCUGGAACUGAUUUUUGGUUGGGGAUUUUUAACUUGAGAGUAUUUUUAAAAUCCUUUUAAACAUACUAAACUAGAUAUAUCAAGAAUUAGAUAAUAAAUGAAAGAUAAUAAAUGGGUUAGAUAAUAAAUGAAACAUGGUAAUAAGGGGGCUUCACGUCAGGGUCAUCCACCCCAAUCGUAUUAUUUGAAACAAUUGUGGUCCACAUGUAGCCAUAUUCCAUUAUCACCCAAUACUCAAUGUGACUAAACAGAUAUACAGUACUGUGCAAAAGUCUUAGGCCACCAUGCUAUCAUUAGGUUGUUUUUGCAAUUGUAUAGUGAUCAUAAAUCAUUAUUCCCAUGUCUCUUUAUAAGAAUACAGCCAGAAAAUACAGGACAUGUAUGUAGUAUUAAAAACAGUAUAAAAGUAUAAGCUGAAGUGUCAAGUAUUUAGGGUCAACUCCCCUUUCACUUGAGCAAUAGCAGGCAGCUGGAGGAUCUCUUAAACCUAAAUGAAAUUAAAUCCUAAUUUCUAAUUCUAAUCGAAUGACUUCAGGACUUCAGUCUCCUCAAAAAAGCUCAAGAUUUGUUUCGUGCCAAGAGUGCCACACUAAAUUCUGACUGAUGCCCGAAGAAGACAUUUAGUUCUGAAAAUUGUUUUGUUUUUAAUUUUUGUGUACAUAUUUCCUGUAUUUUCUUUUUGUAUCUUAAAAAAUAGUGAAAAAUAAAUAUGGAUGGACAUUAAAACUUUGCUAAAACAACAAAGGUGGUGAUGGUGGCCUACGACUUUUGCACAGUACUGUACAUUGAAUCUAUGCAAAUUACAUGUAGUCACAUGUAACUAUUUUCUUUGCAACUCAAAUACAAUACCCGACAUUAACACAGCUGCAGGACAAAUAUCCCAACACUGCUGGUCUAAACCUUUAUAUGUACAUACUGUGACACUGAUACCUCUGAUCGCAGCAUAUUUGAGGAUGCUGAACUUCUUUGAUCUGCUGCUAUUUCUAAUGUGCUAUAAAGUUGUUGUAUUAAACAUGCUAUUGCUCUAAAUGUCGCAUAUGGUGUACUUUUGCAUUAGAAAUUACUAGCUAUUAUUUUUAUUGCUCUACAGUAGUUUGUGUGGUAAAAGCUGUCCUACACAUUAGCACAAAUAAUGUGUGUUUCAUCUUGUUUUGCCAGAUGGUUGUGUUUGUAACAGGGAAGUAAUAACUGAGUAUGUAAACAGUUCUUGAACUGUAAUGAGUGUAUAUAUAUGAUCCUGCACUCUAAGAAAGGAUGUGUUCAUUUUUUACACAUUGUUUUGUGUUAUCCUAUUUAACACAUUAUGUGUC